AUGUCUCCAUCGACCAGCUUCAAGGUCGCUGCCGUACAAGCAGCUCCCGUCUCAUUCGACCUUCCUGCCUCGAUCCAGAGAGUCAGACAAUUCACGAAAGCUGCAGCGCAGGAGUCGGCUGAUCUCGUCGUUUUCCCAGAAGGGUUCCUCAGCGCUUACCCCUGGCGAUACGCCUUCGAUGCAACGAUAGGAGCACGAGAACCUCGAGGCCGCGAAUGGUUCGCCAAAUACUAUCACUCGGCUGUCGCCAUUCCUUCUCCCGAAUUUGACGAGCUCCGGAACAUUGCAAGAGACUAUAACGUGCUGCUGUCCAUCGGUAUCAUCGAGAAAGAAAGAGCAACCUUGUAUUGCACCGCGAUCCUGAUCUCGAGAACGGGAGACUUGCUGUACACACAUCGCAAACUCAUCCCUACAGCAGCUGAACGACUCGUGUGGGGAAGAGGAGCAGGAGAUGGACUUCAUGUGGUGGACACCGACAUUGGCCGUGUUGGCGGACUCAUCUGUUGGGAGAACUAUAUGCCCGCUGCAAGACUGGCCCUCUACCAGCAAGGCAUCGAGAUAUACAUCGCACCAAACGCGGACGACCUGCCCGCGUGGGUGGCGUCGAUGCAACACAUCGCUAAAGAGGGACGCUGUUUUGUGAUCUCGUGCAACCAGUUCUGCAAGGUGGCCGACUUUCCGUCUGACUAUCCACCCUUCUCCCCUGGACACCAUGACAGACAACCCGACGGGUCGCCCUGGACCCCGGACGCCAUCCUCAGCCACGGCGGGUCUUGUAUCGUGGGACCGUUGGGUACAUUUGUGACCGAGCCCGUCUGGGAUCGGGAAGAGAUCGUGUAUGGGGAACUCAAGAUGGACGAUCUGGUGCAGGCGAGAAUGGACUUUGAUGCGGUCGGGAGCUAUGCAAGGCCGGAUAUCUUCACGCUAACGGUCAAUAGAAAGCCUGGAGACCAUGUCGUUUUCAGCAACUGA